GUUGGAGGGGGUGGGUCGUCUAAUAAAGAUCCACGGAUCGUUUUCAGGCAGCGAACGCCACCACAGAAAAAUAAAAUUCCGCCCGCUUUUUUUUUUUUUGCCCCCCAAUUCGCUAGCCUUUUUCGCCAUGCCCUCAUCACACUCCCUCGGCAUCUGAUUCCUCUGCAUUCAUAGGACCAAGCAGUAGCCGCAGCAGCAUUUUUCUUUUCUUCCUCCUGUCUAUCCUAUCUUUUUUCCCUGCCGCGCUGCCUAUUUACUUUGCUUCGAGCGUACUGCUGGGCUCUGGACGCUUGUCUCCUUGUCCCAGACUCCCAGUCUUUUAUAGCUGUUGUUCACUUUGCCCUAAGGUUGGUUAGCAUGUGCGUGUCUAUCCGUCCAUGACUGCCUCAUCCUCCUCCUCUCGCCGCAUUCCUUCUCCUCGAGUCCGUGUAGAGUGAGCGAAGACGACAAAGAGAGAAACGAGAGGGUUGUGACUUGUGAGAUCUUUUUGAGCUAGUAGCUAGGACUAGCAAGGGGUGGACAGGCCUUUCUGGAUGGCGGAUAUGGAGAGGAGGGAGGAGAAGGAGAAGAAGCCGGUGGUUGGGCGUCAGCAAGCAAGGAGACACGCGAUAGGGAGUGGCUCCACCCCCUCCUCGCCUCCUCCUCCAACGGCUGCCGCUGGAUAUAGCGGGAAGGAGAUGAGAGGUGAGGAGCACAGGGCAGCGCUGAGACAGAAGAGACUCAAGAAGGCCAAGUGCUUCAAGUGGAGACCAAGCAAGGGCGACAUGGAUAGCAAAGUGGAGGCGGGGGGAGCGGGGUCUGGUCAGGUCUGCGAUGACGCAGUGCUCUGCUCGCUGUCUACGGCCAGCUUCAGUGGCCUGGUUAGCUGGCAGAGAGUGAGGACCCUUGGGAAGGUGGCUGAGGGGUGUGAUGCUGCCGAUCCUCCGGUUCCAAGAAAAUUAAGAUCAGCCAUAAACAAGCGAGCUGGUCGAUUUGCUUCUGCGCCAUCACGCCAUGUCAAAAAGAGGCGUCAUCUUUCGGCUAUCAGUGCUCAAAUUUCUUCUGUAGGCCAGGAAACAAGAUCCAAUGGGAGCUCGUUAUUUACAGAACAAGAGGAAGCAAUUGCUGAUGUUCUGCUGUCCCUAUCCCAAGUACCCUCUCACAGCGAGGUCACAGCCGACAAGGCUGUAGCAGAUAGUUCAAACACGAAUGACGCUUCAACUUCUUUUUCAAAAGGACCUACUAAGGAGGAUGACCAAACAGCCGAGCUGCCAAGCGCUGCUAACGAGCUGGCUAGCCAAUGCGCCUGCAUAAAUAAAGCGGUGGAGCAAAGCAACAUCGUUCCAAAUGCAGAUCCAGUGGCUGCUGCUGCAAAUCAAUCCAGCAACAGUAUCCCACUUCUGUCAGCGAAUGAGCAAAUGCAGGACCUUUCUAUGGAAACUGCUGUGAAUUUGCCAAGCCCAUCUAAAGACACCUCCAUUAACAGCGCUCAAAAGCACCAUGAACUGCAGUUUGAUGAUAGCAAAUGUCACCCUGCACAGAAGCCAGAGGCUCCUCUUUGGCUGGUAAAUUCUGAUCAAUCUGAGGGUGUGCUGCUACAUGAGAGGGAGAAGGCCAAGAACAACAGUGCACAAGAAAUUGUGCCUCUGGUCCAGACUCUGUUGCCUUGUACCCCAGCUGGGUACUUAGUAAAACCCUCUUCAAGCAAACUGGCAGCUCCCGCCAAUACAAUUUCUGAAUCCGCUAACUUCACCACGCCUGGAAAUCAGAACAAGCACCCUGUGCUCAGAAACGUCGGCGCGCCGAAGGCAUGGAAGAGGAGCAUCACCCACGUGUACGUGAGCCACGUGAUCCAGAUGCACGUGAACAAGGAGAAGGCCGCCGCGUCGUCGUCGUUACAAAGCCAAGCGAGGCCUGAGGAGAGGCUCCUCGCCCGCUGCCCCAGGCCUCCGAACGGCUCGUCCACCACCUCGCACAAGGCCGCCGCCGCUCGGGACGAGAGGUUGUACACGGUGCACUUCGACGUGCGCGUCCCGGCUCACCAGCCGCCCGCUGGCAUCUGCGAUGCGGGCGCCGGCCGGCAGAAGAUUGUCAGCGGUAGUUCCUGGCAAAACCUUCCGGCCACAUCGGCGGCCGCCGCGGCAGCGGCGCAGCAUGUCCGGUACCUACACCCUCAGAUGGCUCGGCCACCGGCGACGCCGCGUGACGCGACGCCGUACUCGUUCCCGCACUUCCCUUACAGCAGGGGGAGUCUGCCACCCGCCGCGGCGCUUCAGCAGAUGCCACAGUAUGUGUGCGGCCCGGCGUAUGGUCUGCGCCCUGCGAGCUCGUCGGCGAUGAUGAUGAAGCAGCUACAACAACCCAUGCCGACGCAGCAGCAGCACCAGCAGAUGUGGCAGUACCAUGUCUCGCAGUACCAGCCGAGGCCGGACGCUACGCUUUCUCCGGCGGCAGCGUGGCACGGCAUUUCGUCGUCGCUGCGACCGAUGGGCAUGCUUGCUCCCCCGGAGAUGCCGUCGCCGCCACGGCCGCCGCAGAUGGAGCUCUUCUGCGCGCCGUACCAAGGUGGCAGGCAGCCGCAGCAGCUGAGGUUGAUGUAGCCUGGCCUCCCUUCUGCUGCUGAUCAGCUGAUUGAUACUACUAUUCAGACGCACUAAUUUAUAGUGGAUAAUAUACAACAUCUUAGCAGUAAAAAAGUGGGAUGUUGCAAAAAAGAAAAAGAAAGUGAGAUGCAUAAGGUUGUGUUUUAUUUAUACACUCAGGAAAUAGGGUUAUGCAUGGUACCAGAGGGGACUAAACUGCAGGCCACUGGUAUUUAGAGUGAGAGCCCUUUUGGCAAUGCCUACGGCUCUAACUCUGGCUCAUCUUCAAUCUCUAUCAAACGGUUAUAAAAAAA